UUUUGUUGGACCUGGCAACCCUGUGCAGAGCGGAACUGUAGUCGGCAGCUUUUGAACCCAUACCUGAUCUUUGGCUCAGGGACUUUACUCUCAUAAUAACGGCGCUAAGGUUUACACAGCAGCUCCAGCCGGCACACAGCUCAGAGUUCAGGUUAGGAAUCGGAUAAAAAAGGGCAGAAUGGCUAAAACCGAUGGAUCUGCGUAUUUCAGAAGAUCCAGUCUGUUCUGGAUACUGGCGAUAACUCUGUCGAUGGGCUACUACACAUGGGCGGUGUUCUGGCCUCAACAAGUGCCGUAUGACAGCUUGGGUCCACUUGGUGCUUUUACCAAACAUCUCGUCAAUGAACAUUACAGCUUGUUAUACAAGGGAUGGUGGGCUGUUUGGGCUAUCCACACAGUUGAAGCCCUGGUGGGACUGAAAAUAUGCGGUGACAAAGGCAUUGACAGCUCGAUCGCUCGUCUCCUGUGGUUCAGUCAGACAGUAUUCUUUGGUUUUGCAUCUCUGGGUUUGCUUAUCAAAUACAAGCCUGACCGCCGCAGCAAGCAGCAGUGAGCAUCUGCAGACAGACCCAUAUGAAAUGGAGCCUCGAUCUUCAGAGUGUAAAACGAGACUAGGCAGACUUUUGUAAUGAAACUCUUCUACACAUCCCUGAACCACAGUUCGGAACUGUACCGCAUUCCACAAGAGACUGUGUAUGUAUUACAGCAUUAAGCACUCUGUAAAGAGUAUAGAGAACUAUCCUAAGUGACCUCUGUGAAACAUGACUACAUCUUCCAGUGUCCAUUCUAAACAAUAACUGCUCUCAUAGGGCUCUAGCUGCUAAAAGGCAACGUCACCUUUAACCCAAUAGACCCUGUAUGUAAGCUCACCCUAUUUUUUAAAAAUUGUAUAACUGCAUUACAUAACUGUCACAAUUCUAAUCAGUUUUAAAGGCCCUAAAUUAGAACCCUGUGGUGCUCCACAAGAUAUACUAAAACCAAUUCAUUCACAAUCACUUCAUGUUCCACCUCAAAGCCACUCUGACCUCCUCCACAACUACUUUUAACUUCCCCUCCCUUAUGGCAUGAUCCUAACUCGCAAAAAAUGUAUUUACACUCUCCAAAACAAAAGCUCAGUAAUGGUUUUUGGCUCAAAUAUACGUGAGCAUUAAAUGAUGUUGAACCUUUGCAUCCAAAAAUUUAACUUUUAACUACAAUGAAUAAAAUAAAAUAAAAUACUAGGGAAGCAAUGGAUGAUUCCUUACGUUUUUUUGAAAGUGAGAUGAUUUGAUAUACAGUUAAAUUAAGUUUCACAUCAGUUAAUAACCAUUUAGCAGUCUUUGUUUUGCAAAAUGCGGAGCAAUUUUAAUUUUUUUUCUGUUUUAAUUUAUAUUUUUUAAGAAACUAUCCUGAAGUGUUAAGGAAUGUGGAGCUAUUUUUGUUUUGCUUUUUUCCUUUAUGGUCAAGCAUGAACACAAUCAUUAUCAACUGCAGUGCUGUGAAAAAAAGGAUCUGCUUCUCAUCUGUUUAUCAGUAUUUUAACCUGGUCCGGUUCUAUGGUCCAAAUUUAUAAAAAUCAUUAUAUCCCUUUAUAGGACAUCAGAUGCAUUUUAAAUAAACAAAAUGCAUUUUAUCUUUAACAUUACCAUUAAUACUAGUUGUACUUACUUAAUACUAAGAAUGUUUCUAAACACCUAGUUCCCUGCUGAUUACCCCACUACUCCACCUGAGCUUCAGCCAAGUAGGUUAAAGUUCUUUUGGCCAAGGCCGAUUCAACCCUCAUUAUUUUCUGAAGUAUUCCAACAGCUGACCUUAAUAACUACAUAACUGAAAUUAGGUCACUGGAGGAGGGUAGUGUUUUUUUCAUACCUGGAUAUGCAAACCCUUUGUGCCUUUAAAUUGUUAAACACUUAUAGAACAAACAUAACUGUGGAAAAACUCUGAUACUGUCAUUAGUUUUUUGAAAAAUAAAGCAGUGAUUUGUCUUGUUUCCUUG